GAACAUCCUGUUGUUAUUGUUUGAGAGAAACGGAAGAAAAAGAAAAAAAAUAGAGAGUAAUUAAACCCCGUCGGACCCAAACCUCUGAAAGCCCCAAAACCUAAACCUAGCUUUUCGUCAGUACAACGCCUCCGCCGCUCCUUCCAUUAGCUCAGACAUGGUUCUCGGCCUCUACACCUUCGCCGACAUCGACGCCGACGGAGCACCCCGCCUCGAGGUUGCCGAUGGCGAGGAGUUCGUCCGUGUCGAUCGCGUUGUCGAGCUUGCCCUCGGUCCCCGGGUGCUGAAGGCCCCUGGAACCCUUUACCUCACCACCAGGAGGGUGAUUUGGGUCAGCGAUGGCGGCGAGGGCUACGCUGUGGACUUCGUUGCCAUCUCGCUCCACGCCGUGUCGCGUGAUCCCGAGGCGUAUCCAUACCCCUGCAUCUACACACAGAUUGGAGUGAUGCACGUGAAGAUCGAGACGGAAGCUAUUUCUGACGAGGAGUCUGAUGUGUCAGAUUCUGAAACAAAUGGAGAACUCGAGCUCUCAAAAGUUAUGGAAAUGCGCAUCAUACCUUCAGAUCCUGGUCAAUUGGAUGAACUCUUUGAAGCAUUCUGCAAUUGCGCUGAGCUUAACCCUGAUCCUAGUGCUGAGAGUGAUGAAGAACAUGGCUGGGUUCAUGGUGAUGAGGGUUAUGAAGAUACGGUAGAUGGAAGCGACACUGAGUUUUCAGAUGUCAACCCAAUUGGUCAAACUGGUGAGCAGGAUAUUAACCAUGCUGUAAUCGAGCUCCAGAUCAAUGACCAACGUUUUGAGGACGCGGUAGAUGAGGAGAGUCACAGGAACGGGAACUAGGGACCAUGUGAAUUGGUCGUCGUCGAUGCAGCAUACUUGUCUGUAAAGACUUCACUUUUCUCAUGUUGUCAGAUCAUGUGGACCAACUUGAAUGGCAACAAUGGGGGAUAACGAGCUUUAUUAUAUGAGUUGUGCCUGUACCAUACGUGCAUGACCAUCUAUGGUCAUAUGACUACUGACUAGUAUUUUAGAGGGCGAGGGGGUGCAAAUCGAUACCCGGCCUUGUGCAACACAUUUUCCUUAGCAAAAGAAAAAAAAUGUUGUUUGGCCAAGUAAAAUUGUAGUGUUGAAGGGUCGAAAGUGGAGAGGUGUAAAGUUGGUUAGUUCCACAUCGCACUAUUUCUGUCUGAGUGUCUCUCUUGAAACAGUAAACAACACCACUCCUGUCUGGUUUUGUAAACAACAUUCCAGCAGUAGCUUGCAAACUGUUCAA